AUGCUUCAGAAAAAUGAGAACUCAUCGAAUGUGCCAACGAGAACGAAGACAACAAAUUGGAGCACGACGUCGUCGGCUGCGACCACGGCUUCGUCGCUUCAUCCAUCCGACACGCACUAUGGCGUCGAAUCAUUGAUCUCCGAUUUGGAGGGCGAACUCACCGGCGCCGAGCCAACGGCGGCCGAAAUCGAGUGGAUCGAGUUGGCGAAGGAGUUCACCUCGAAAGAAAUCCCGUUUCGCGCUCCGCCUCGAAAUAAGAAAGUGGUUCGCAAACUGCAAAUUCGCCAUCCGAAGCGACACUAUUCAUGGACGACGAUUCGACGACAGCUCAAUGGUAUUGAUGAUAUUGCGGAAUUGAACAAUGGAGAAACUGGAAGUAGUACGAAGAGCUCGUCGAAGAGCAGCUCGAGCAACUGUUGA